UCGCCCCUGUUCAUUUUUGUAUUGCAUUCAGGCCUAUUGGUUGCUUGCUUGGAACUAUUAUCGCUUCUUUUUCUCUCUCUCUCUCUCUCUCUCACUCUCUCUCUCUCUCUCUCUCUCUCUAUCCUUUCGUGCAGUACAAUAAUUAGCAUACAGAUGAGUGGUGAACUCCACUGUGAGCUUUGAGAUAAAGAGAAGACGUGCAGGUGAAAAAAGUUUAUUAGAAGACUGAAAUUAAAGCUGAUGGAGGCGGAUGCAGACGAGAAGCGCCAUCGCACACGCUCCAAAGGUAUCCGAGUACCCGUGGAACCAGUAACGCAAGAGCUGUUCAGUUGUCCAACACCAGGCUGUGAUGGCACCGGUCAUGUCAGUGGCAAAUAUGCAAGGCACAGAAGUGUGUACGGUUGCCCAUUGGCAAAGAAAAGGAAAACACAAGACAAGCAGCCUCAGGAACCUGCUCCCAAGAGGAAGCAGUUUCUAGAGAGAAUGGAAAACUCGUCGGUGGAUGAGUGCUACGAGACGGAUGGGAUGGAGGAGGAAGAUGAGGAGGAAGAGUACUCUGAUGACAAUGAGGAGCAGGGGGAGGAGGAGGAGGAGGUUGUGAGAGAAGAUGAAGAGGAGGAGGAGGAGGAGGAGGAGGAGGAGGAAGAGGGAGUUGAGGAGGAGGAAGAGGGGGAAGAUGGAGGUGAAGAAGAGGAUGAGGAAGAAGAUGAAGAAGAAGAAGAUGAUGAUGAUGAUGAUGAUGAUGAUGAAGACAAGUGCAAUGAACAAGAAGGUGUUCAUAUGGACUGCAGCUAUUCCAAAUCCAACCAAAUGGCUGAGAAGGAUGACAACAACAACAACACUGAGUAUGACAAUUACGAUGAGCUGGUUGCCAAGUCCUUGUUGAACCUGGGCAAAAUAGCAGAGGACGCUGCCUACCGUGCCAUGACGGAGUCCGAAAUGAACAGCAACUCCUCCAACAGCAUGGAGGAUGAGGAUGACAAUGAGAACGAGAAGAACGCCAGGAAAAGCGAGCUGAGCCUGGACGUGGACAGUGACGUGGUGCGGGAAACAGUGGACUCUCUGAAGCUUCUGGCACAAGGGCAUGGGGUGGUGCUGUCGGAAAACUAUCUGGAUGGGACAACGGCAGAGAGCAACAACAACAACAGCUGUAGCAGAAACGCUGGAGCAGGCAUCCAGGGAAAGCACACCAGUAAUGGGCAGGAUGAAAGUGAUGAGGAGGUGUGUCUGAGCAGCUUGGAGUGCCUGAGGAACCAGUGUUUUGACCUGGCCAGGAAGCUCAGUGAGACGCAGCCAGCCGAGAAAAACCACCAGCAGCAGACACCCACUUACGCUGACUGCCAGCAGAUGAGCAAUGAGAACAAUGGAGCGGGAAGGAUGCUGGAGCGCAACUAUUCAGACAUGGUGAACCUCAUGAAGUUGGAGGAGCAGCUCAGCCCCAGGUCCAAGACCUUCUCCAGCUGCGCCCAGGAAGACGGCUAUCAUGACAGGGAUGAGGACACAGCCUCGGUGACCUCUGACCGCUCGGAGGAAGUUUUCGACAUGACCAAGGGCAACCUGACAUUGCUGGAAAAGGCAAUCGCCUUGGAAACAGAGCGGGCAAAAGCCAUGAGAGAUAAAAUGGCCAUGGACAGGAGGGGCAACAUGGGAAUGCUAGAUGAGCACAUUCCGAGGCAACACUGCGGAGAUGAGAGGAGACACAGACUCCAUGACGGCCACAUGAAGAAGCCAUACUACCCGAAAGAUUUGUCUCGCGCUGACAAGAAAGAAAGCAAGUGCCCGACGCCGGGGUGUGAUGGGACGGGUCAUGUGACAGGGCUGUACCCUCACCAUCGGAGUUUAUCAGGGUGUCCUCACAAAGACAGGGUACCUCCAGAAAUUCUUGCAAUGUAUGAAAAUGUUCUUAAGUGUCCUACGCCAGGCUGCACGGGACGAGGCCAUGUAAAUAGCAACAGGAACUCCCACAGAAGUCUGUCUGGGUGUCCCAUUGCUGCUGCAGAGAAGCUGGCUAAGGCUCAAGAAAAACAUCACAGCUGUGAUGAAACAAAAUCCAACCAAGCAUCAGACCGUGUUUUAAGGCCUAUGUGCUUUGUAAAACAGCUGGAAAUCCCACAGUAUGGCUAUAAAAAUAAUGUCUCCACCACAACACCUCGCUCCAAUUUGGCAAAGGAACUAGAGAAGUAUUCCAAGACUACGUUUGAGUAUAACAGUUUUGACAACAGCGUCUAUGGAAAACGAGCCAUUGCUCCCAAAGUCCAAGGCAGGGAUGCAUCUCCCAAAGGAUACGAUGGUAUGAAUUCCAAGCACUACUGUAAGAACUCAAGUUCAGCAAGCAGCACGACGAGCAGUUAUGCUCCCAGCAGCAGCAGCAGCAACAGCAGCAUGAGCUGUGGAGGAGGAGGAGGCAGCAGUGCCAGCAGUACCUGCAGCAAGAGCAGCUUCGACUACACGCACGACAUGGAGGCCGCCCACAUGGCAGCUACCGCCAUCCUCAACCUCUCAACGCGCUGCCGCGAGAUGCCACAGAACCUCUGCACCAAGCCUCAGGACCCAUGCUCCAGGAACCCUGAUAUUGAAGUGGAUGAAAAUGGAACGCUGGAUCUGAGCAUGAACAAGCAGAGAGGCCGCGAUGGCAGCUGUGCUGUUCUGACACCUCUGGAGCCAAUGUCUCCGCAGCGUCAGGCCAUGAUGAGUAGCAGGUGCUACCAAAUGAACGAGACGGACUGCUGGGACCUACCUGUCGACUACACCAAAAUAAAACCCAGAAGGGUCGACGAGGAUGACCCCAGAGAGACUGAAGACUUAGAUCCUUUUCAAGACACCUUAGAAGAGCGGUGCUACCUUGCAGAGUCCACCCCCCCCAGUCCCAAGCCAAAAUACACACAGUGCAAAGAGAGCAAAAAGGAUCUGAUAACAUGUCCAACACCUGGGUGUGAUGGGAGUGGUCAUGUGACUGGUAAUUACGCCUCACAUAGAAGUCUGGCUGGCUGUCCCUUAGCCGAUAAGAGUAUUCGAAGCAUGAUGGCCAGUAACUCACAAGAACUCAAGUGUCCAACCCUUGGCUGUGAUGGCUCAGGGCACAUCACUGGAAACUAUGCUUCACACCGAAGUCUUUCAGGUUGCCCCAGAGCGAAGAAGAGUGGUAUAAAGAUAGCACAUAGCAAAGAGGACAAAGAAGACCAAGAGCCAAUCAGAUGUCCAGUUCCUGGGUGUGAUGGGCAGGGUCAUGUGACUGGGAAAUACGCAUCACAUCGCAGUGCUUCAGGGUGCCCUCUAGCAGCCAAAAGACAGAAAGAUGGCUACUUGAAUGGAGCACAGUUCUCCUGGAAGUCAGGAAAGACAGAUGGCAUGUCCUGUCCAACACCUGGUUGUGAUGGGUCAGGACAUGUUAGCGGGAGCUUUUUAACACAUCGAAGUCUGUCAGGAUGUCCCAGAGCUACAUCAGCAAUGAAGAAAGCAAGGCUGUCUGGAGAGGAAAUACUAACAAUAAAGCAACGGGCUAGCAAUGGAAUAGAAAAUGAUGAAGAAAUUAAUCAGCUGGAUGAAGAAAUCAAAGAACUAAAUGACUCCAAUUCCCAAGUGGAAGCGGAUAUGAUUAGACUCAGAACCCAGAUUACAACAAUGGAGACUAAUCUGAAGUCAAUAGAGGAAGAAAACAAGGUGAUUGAACAGCAAAAUGAGUCUCUCCUGCAUGAGCUGGCCAACCUCAGCCAGUCACUGAUUAACAGUUUAGCUAAUAUCCAGCUCCCACAUAUGAAACCGCUGCAACAAAAAGAGGCUCCCCUUAGAAAUAACAGCUGUUUACAGUUGCAUCAGAGAGAGCCAAUAAAUGAACAGAAUUUUGAUGCUUACGUGGCCACUUUGACAGACAUGUACACAAACCAAGACCACUAUCAGAGUCCUGAAAACAAGACCCUGCUGGAAAACAUAAAGCAAGCAGUACAAGGGAUUCAGGUCUGAAGACUUGUUCGUGGAAGAAGACUUGCUGAAAAAAGGGAUGCCUCGUGUUUUGCUGCUUUAAUUUAUCGGACAGUGUUAAAUAUUUAUUUCUGUUACAAAGUGUUAUGCUUACAAGACUUCAUAAUUAUUUUUUUGUCUUGCUUUAAAAAGUUACCGCAGAAUAGUUUUUGAAAACAUUCACAUUUUGUACGUUUUCAUAUGAGCUGACAUAGUGUGAUAUGCCAUGUAAUGUUUAUAGCUGCUAAUGUAUGCACAUUUUUUUGUGUAUAUUUCCGAACAGUAAGCAGAACAAAAAUAGGAUCUAAGUUCUUUUUAAUGGUUUGGUGAAAAAACAUUUUAGUAUUAAUUACUGGACUGGACAGUAAGCUUAGAAUGAGAAAAAUGUAAUGAGCAACCACUUUUUAAUUGUUAUCCUUUUCCUCAUUGGAGGGUUUUAUGGAAUUGUAAGAUGUUUUGUGUGCCGAAGUGGUUGUAAAAUGCUUUAUUUUUUAACAAUGCUUGAAAAUAUUUGACUUUUGUUUUAAAUGGUUGGUGGUGGCAUUUAAAAUGAGGUUUGAAUUGAGUAUGAAAAGGAAAUGGCUAGAUAUACGAGUUUCAGUUUUAUUGUAAACAUCAUGACACGGAAACUUGAUGGUGGAAAUCCCAAUAUUUACAAAGCACGAUGUUAUGACUUUAAUAACCUAAUGUUCUGUGUUGUUAGAUCCCGAGAUGUCAUUUAAUCAGACAGUGAUGUCCAACAGCAAUAGAAACAUUACACAACAUCUCUCUCUUAGCAUUAGUUAUUUUACAUGUCAAAACUUUACUAGUUAGAGUCAGUUAAUGUUUAAUGCAAUAUAUGAUAAAGAAUCAAUCACUUAUUUGAUAGAUAUGGGAUGCAAUCUACAUAAACAGUUUGGGUAUAUGCAAUUUCUUAUUUAUAGCAUAGUGGAAAAUGAAUCUUUUUACUGUAUGUAAAAUAUUAAUUUUUAUAUCAAUCUUUUAAUACAAAACAUUAAAAAAAUAAACAUGGACAUUCAGUUUAAAAGCUAAAGAUGCUUAUAUAAGUUUACUUUAUUUAUGUACAACUUUGCACAGGAACACCUUGGUUUCCAUGUUUUGAUGUUUUUACAGAAACUAGAGCUGUACUUGAGAGCUUAAUAAUAGGAGAUGGGUUUUUGUAAAGUAUAUAAAUAUAUCAGCGCGGGACUUACAGGGUCACUGUCCCCACAAAUGUGCCAGUAGACUAUUUGCACUUAUCCUAUAUAUAUAUAUCUUAAUAUACGGAGGUGUGCAAUUCCCAGUGUUGCUUGCUAUGUGACACAGAAUCUAAACAAAUAAUUGCUAGGGGCAACUAUGGCUUACGUUAUCACUGAUGGAAACUACAGGGAUUAAAAAAAAAAAAAAAAAAUCUGUUAUUUCGUUUUGGUAUAUUAUAUGGAAGAAGAAAAAAUCCUAGCAGCACUUUAUAUUGAAAUCACUGUACAAAAACUUGCUGGUUUUCCCAAUGGACUUAAUAACUAGCUGGGAAACAAAUCUGUAAUUAUUGUGGGGCUUUGCAGCGUCAUGCCUGUGUGGCCCCCACCUUCUGUUGUGCUAUUAGUUGUAGCUACCAUGUUCAGAAUUGCCUUUUCAAAGCUAACGCAAGGUGCUUGUUGCUCACCUCAUCUCAUAUAGUGUACUUUCCACCCUCUUUUAGGGUUUCAUUCUGCAUAACUGCAUAUGCCUUUUUCCACUCCAUCGUGUCUGCAGCUUCUUGCCAAUAUAGUAACGCUUUCAGUAGAGUAAUAGCUAGUAUCAGUUUUUGAAUUAAUUAUUGUUAUCGUUACAAAGGAAAGGGAUUUUAAGCACAAAUCUGCUGCUCAUCUACUGGUGGUACAGAAUAUCAAAUCAGAAGUUGUCUGUGACUAUUUACAUAGGUAACACAAAGGUGUCACAUAUUAGAAUGCUGAAUUUUCAUAUGAAUUAUUGUGAAUUCAUCAGAGUUUAUUUAUUAUAACAUUCAUUUAUAAGUUAAUUUAAGUAAUCAUUUAUUAAGACAGGAUUUUGUAUAAACAUGUGCUGUCUGUGGAACUGAAGUUUAAUUUAUUUUUGUACUACACGGCAUGGAUUUGUUGACAUUUUAAUUUUGCUAUAAAUGUGUGAAAUCACAAGUUGCUGUGAUAAUUCAUUUUUAAAUCGUGAACUUUGUACAAUUUUUGUCAUGCUGGAUGUUGACACAUCUUACUCUGAAUAAAGAAAACUGUGUUGCCACA